AUGGUGGAUAGAUCUUUCACAAGCAGUCCUCGAAGAGCUGGCACAGGAUCUAGUUUGACGCGGCCAGUUGGACCAGGAGGAUCGAUGGGCACGCGUAGUGGCAGUGAAAUGCAGGGUUUACUCAGUGAAUUCAAGGGACUUUACCUAGAUCGACUCCAAAAACUUGAAGAUGGUGAUGGUACAGACGAUUCAUCUCGGGGAUACGGACACUACAAGGGGUACGGACACUACAAGGGGUACGGACACUACAAGGGGUACGGACACUACAAGGGGUACGGACACUACAAGGGGUACGGACACUACAAGGGGUACGGACACUACAAGGGGUACGGACCCUACAAGGGGUACGGACCCUACAAGGGGUACGGACACUACAAGGGGUACGGACACUACAAGGGGUACGGACACUACAAGGGGUACGGACACUACAAGGGGUACGGACACUACAAGGGGUACGGACACUACAAGGGGUACGGACACUACAAGGGGUACGGACACUACAAGGGGUACGGACACUACAAGGGAUACGGACACUACAAGGGGUACGGACACUACAAGGGGUAUGGAUUGGACACUACAAGAGAUAUGGAUUGGACACUACAAGGGAUAUGGACACUACAAGGGGUACGGACACUACAAGGGGUACGGACACUACAAGGGGUACGGACACUACAAGGG